AUUACUUAUAUACCAUAUGUGCCUAGUUAGAGACCUUCAACUUUUUUUUUUGCCCAGGGGCUGGCAUGGUGUGGCAUGGCUUUGGCUUUUAGACUCACCAGUAUUGAAUAUCAAUUCUGAUUAAGUUCAUAAAUAGUUAAGUAAAUGUUAACUUGCUACUUAUCUGUGUUUUUACGUAAGUAGUCACUUAAAAUUAAAUUGAAAAUCGCACUAAUAAAUGGAUAAAAAAUAAAGAUACUAUGGGGAGUGGGUGCAAUAUAGAGAAGGAUAAAUAAAUAAAUAGCGUUAAUAUAUUAUAAUAAAUAAUAAAAAAAAACUUCAUUAGAUGUAAACCAGCCAUAACAGUAAAAAAAAAACAAUAGACUAGAUGAUUACUUUUUAUUUUAUAAAUAAAUAGUUUAUUCAUAUCUGAAAAAUAAUGUACAAGUUGUUGAGAAAUAAUGUACAGGAUGUCUGCGAGAUAUGAUGCUGUUUGUGGAACUGCUACUGUGUUGAUUAAUGAAGAGAAUAAUGCGCUCGCGGAGAAGUCUUUCGAAGUUGCGAAGGAAUAUGUAAGAAGGAACCCAACCCUUGGUUUAUCUGUUGACCCUGUUAUCAUUGUAGGCAACAGAACUGACGCUAAAGCGUUUCUAGAAAAUGUUUGCAGGAAGUAUAAUGAUAUGGUAAUUUCAAAGAAAACUCCGCACGUUGUCCUUGAUUUUACUAUGACCGGUGUUGGUUCGGAAACUAUAAAAUCUUUCACUGCUGCAUUAGCAUUACCUACUAUUUCUGGGUCGUUCGGACAAGCCGGUGACCUACGCCAAUGGAGAUCCCUCGAUGCGAAUCAAACUAGAUUUCUUUUACAAAUCAUGCCACCAGCUGAUAUUCUUCCCGAGUCAGUCAGGGCCAUUGUCACUAAACAAGAUAUUACUAACGCUGCCAUAAUGUUUGACGAAUUAUUCGUAAUGGAUCACAAGUACAAAUCCCUAUUGCAAAAUAUUCCGACGCGUCAUGUCAUAACUCCCGUGAAGAGUUUCAACAAAGAUGAAAUUAAAACACAACUGCGAAGUUUGCGAGAGUUGGAUAUUGUGAAUUUUUUCAUCAUUGGCAGUCUGAGAACCAUAAAGAAUGUUCUUGAUGCGGCGGAUGAAAACCAAUAUUUUGGAAAGAAAACAGCUUGGUUCGCUUUAUCAUUAGACAAGGGUGAUAUAAGCUGUAGUUGCAAAGAUGCUACUAUAGUAUAUUUGCGGCCCACACCCGAUGCGAAGAGUAGAGACCGUCUUGGAAAAAUAAAAACAACAUACAGCAUGAACGGGGAACCAGAGAUCACCUCUGCGUUUUACUUUGACCUAUCGCUGCGCACAUUUUUAGCUGUAAAAUCACUACUGGAUUCUGGCAAGUGGCCAAACGACAUGAAAUACAUCACAUGUGACGAUUAUGACGGUAAGAAUACACCUAACAGGACCUUGGACCUAAAGACGGCUUUCCAAGAGAUAAAAGAAACUCCUGCAUAUGCACCAUUUUAUAUACCGGAAGAUGAUCCAAUGAAUGGAAGGAGUUAUAUGGAGUUCAACACAGAUUUAACGGCAGUAACGGUUAAAGAUGGGGCAUCUAUAGGUAGUCGAUCGCUUGGCUCCUGGAAGGCGGGUCUUUCAAGUCGUCUGUCCUUGACUGAUCCUGACAAUAUGAGUGAUUAUUCUGCUCAAUUAGUAUACAGAGUAGUCACUGUCGAGCAAGAACCUUUUAUUAUAAGAGACGAUGAUGCUCCUAAAGGCUUCAAGGGAUAUUGUAUAGACUUAAUCGAAGAGAUCCGUCAAAUAGUCAAGUUCGAUUACGAAAUAGUUCUGUCGCCAGAUAGCAAUUUUGGCACUAUGGAUGAAAACGGGAACUGGAAUGGUAUUAUAAAGGAACUGAUGGAGAAGAGGGCAGAUAUAGGCCUUACCUCCUUAUCAGUGAUGGCAGAGAGGGAGAACGUCGUCGAUUUCACUGUUCCGUAUUACGAUCUCGUUGGUAUAACGAUUAUGAUGAAAUUGCCACGGACUCCGACCUCUCUAUUCAAGUUCCUGACCGUAUUGGAGAAUGACGUUUGGCUAUCCAUAUUAGCUGCAUAUUUCUUUACAAGUUUCUUAAUGUGGGUAUUCGACAAAUGGAGUCCAUAUAGUUACCAAAAUAACCGGGAAAAAUACAAAGAUGAUGAAGAGAAACGGGAGUUCACUCUCAAAGAAUGUCUAUGGUUCUGUAUGACUUCACUUACGCCUCAAGGAGGCGGGGAAGCACCGAAGAAUCUCUCCGGAAGACUUUUAGCAGCAACAUGGUGGCUGUUCGGUUUCAUCAUCAUAGCGUCGUACACUGCGAAUUUGGCAGCGUUCCUCACAGUCUCCCGCCUGGAUACACCUAUAGAGUCCCUGGAUGACUUAUCGAAACAAUAUAAGAUUCAAUAUGCACCUCUAAACGGGUCUGCAGCUAUGACGUACUUCGAAAGGAUGGCACAUAUUGAAGUAAGAUUUUAUGAAAUAUGGAAGGAGAUGAGCCUAAACGACAGUCUUAGCGACGUAGAACGGGCAAAGUUGGCUGUAUGGGAUUAUCCAGUUAGCGACAAAUACAGCAAGAUGUGGCAAGCAAUGAAAGAGGCUGGCCUUCCCAACACGGUGGAGGAAGCUCUCCAAAGAGUCAGAGCUUCCAAAAGUUCCAGCGAAGGUUUCGCGUGGCUCGGUGACGCCACCGAUGUCAGAUACCAUGUCUUAACGAAUUGCGAUCUCCAAAUGGUUGGUGAUGAAUUUUCGAGGAAACCAUACGCAAUUGCUGUACAGCAAGGGUCGCCACUCAAAGACCAGUUUAAUAAUGCGAUUCUUCAACUGCUCAAUAAAAGAAAGUUAGAGAAGUUAAAAGAAAAUUGGUGGACGAACAAUCCGAAAGCGAAGAAAUGUGAGACACAAGACGAUCAGUCGGACGGAAUUUCGAUUCAGAACAUAGGUGGUGUAUUUAUAGUUAUCUUCAUGGGUAUUGGACUUGCUUGCAUCACUCUCGGAGUCGAAUACUGGUGGUACAAGAUAAGGAAACGGUCAACCAUUGACGUCACUCAGGUGGAACCGGCGAAGUCGACAAGAACCAACACGGAUGUAAAGCAAGACACAUUUUCAUUUAGAUCGGGGAACUUAGGUUUAUCUAAUUUAAAACGGAAAUUUUAAAUUAUAAAAGCAUGCGAAGCUUAGAUAACGAUACAGCGAUAUUUUUAAUUAUCCAAGCGUUUAUUUCCAGGACUAAUACAAAGAUUCCGUUGUAUCUCGUCUUGUGACGACACAGCCUUUUUUAUUAAGUCUCCGUGACUACUCGCUGUUAUAAUAUUUUAAGAGAAUCAAGAACAAAGGAGUUCGUUUAGAUUAACGCAAAAGGUUAUA